CCUGCCAUCAAUUGGAGCAUCUGUCUUCUCUUUUUAACUGAAGUAGCUACACAUCUGUUAUUAGAGUGUGCAUAGAUCUUAAGUUAGUGUGGACGUGGAUCUGGAAUUGAAGAUACUUUCCAAAGUCCUUGAUUUUGAUUUUAACACCUGUGGUAAUGGCAGGGGAAAGACGGAAAGUUGUGAUAGUUGGAGCCGGUAUGGCGGGUCUGUCUGCAGGGGUGGAGCUCUGUAAGUCGGGUUGCUAUGACGUCACCAUCCUGGAAGCAAUGCCAACCUGUGGUGGGAGCAUCCAGACUCUUAAAGGAUUCGGUUCUCGUGCAAUAGAACUUGGAGCCAAUUGGCUUCAUGGUACAAAGGGAAGCCCUGUGUAUGAGCUAGCAAAGAAGCAUGACCUUCUCAGUUAUUCUGAUGACAGCUCAUCAUCUUCAUCAGAUGACAGCGUGUCUUCCCCAUCAUACUCUUCCAUUUUUGAUGAAAGUGAAGCAAAGUGGUAUAACUACAGCAGCGUGGAAGAAAAUCAAUUUAGGACAGAAUCCGGAGAGUGCAUUGACACCAAACUGGUUGUCAGAGCAAAGAAGAUGUAUGCCGAUGCCCUGGACAAGAAGCUUGCUGAGUGCGAGCGACCGGAAGUAGUCAUCGACCAAAGGAAAUGUGUAGAUGAAGCGGUAGCUCAGGGAUUUGCAGAGGAGCUGAAGCAGCAUGGUGUCAUCAGCGACACGAAGGAGUACAGGCAGUACUGGCUGAUGUAUGAACACUGUUGUAGAAUGGAGUGUAUGGAUAUUGGAUCAAACACACUUCAGGAUGUUCAGCUCAGAAGCUAUGUCAACUAUGAGGAGCUGGAAGGGGACUACUACACCACCCUCGGCCGGAAAGGCUACCAAGGUAUCUUGGAGAAACUUCUUGAGGACAUCCCGGCAGACAGUAUCCACUACAACACCCCUGUAUCAAGGAUACAGUACGCCAAGUGUCAUGAUACAAAUGAUGUUGCCCUGGAUGAUGAGAAGGAUGAUGCGGUUGUCAUGGUAACUUGUGAAGAUGGGAGAACUUUCCUCUGCAAUCAUGUGAUAGUGACUGCUUCUAUUGGGUUUCUCAAGGAGAAUGUUGAUACUCUCUUCCAGCCUCCCUUGCCUGAAGACAAGCUUGAUGCAAUCAGAAUAUUCCCCUAUGGAACUGUCAACAAGAUCUUCAUGAAGUACAAGAGACCAUUUUGGACCUCAGAAGACUUUGGCCUUCAGGUUCUGUGGGAGUCACCAAAUCAGGAUGAAUCUGAGGAGGAAGAGAAGGAGAAAUUCUACCGGAUGCUGACCGGGUUUGAUGUUGAAGAUAAGAAUGAUGAUAUCCUCUUGGGAUGGGUGUACGGACGUGGAGCGGAUUACAUGGAGACGUUGACUGAUGAAGAAACUGGACAGCGUUGUACAGCAAUAUUGAGAAAGUUCUUGAAUGACCCAUCCAUACCAGAGCCUGAAAAGGUUCUCUGCACCAGAUGGAAAGGGAAUCGGUUUCAGCGAGGGUCAUAUGGAGCCUUCCUACCGGUGGAGGGAUCAGGCAAGGAGACUGAAGCAUUCCAAAGACCUGUCUACAGCCAACAAACUAGACAUGGACAGAAGGUGCCUGUUCUUCUCUUUGCUGGUGAAGCAUGCCAUAAAUCCUACUUCUCUACGACCCAUGGUGCUAUGGUAUCUGGGAUGGACCAAGCAAAAGUUCUCAUCAAGUUCUCUUCAACAUCAGACUAAUCCUUACAAUAAUAAUGCAGUAAUGUUUCUGGAGUGGACCGAUUCAAAAUAUUGUCAAGUUCAAGGGCUUAUAACUUGAAGGUUUGCAAUCAUGAAAUUAAGUCGAUUAAUCUUGGUGCAAUAUCAGAUCCUUACAUUUGUGACAAUCACGUCUUUCUCUCUAAUUUUACACUACUUGAUGAAUCCAAGAGGGGCCAUACCAGUGUCUUAAGUCAUCUUAAGUAAGUUGGAUGCUGCCUUUCACAUAUACUUCAACCCUCUGUAUUUCCUCUAAAGCUGCUUAUUUCUUGAAGCACAUCCUGGAAGAUAGUUAUAUCACAUCUAAAGCUGCAUGCACACUGAAUAAAAUCCGGGAGGCCGUUUCAUAAAGCUGUUGUAAGAUAAGAGCGACUUUAUAAUAAAGAGCAACUGGUGA